GUGCUUUUCAAGUUCUGGCAACACUUGCGUUAAAAGUGUACAGUGUACAGUCCUGUUUUGUAAAAAGCUGGUGUUGUUUAAUUGUCUGGCAACACUAUUGCCUUCCCAGUGUGUGUGUGUGUGUGAAAAAUAUUUAGAUUUCGUGUGAAAUAUUGCAAAGUGAAAAUGUAUCGUCAAAAAGGAGCGCCUGUGGCGUCCGAAAAGCAGAUGGAAGACGAUCUCCCGGAUGACCUAACCGGAAUCUGUGUGCAGCAAAAGAACCUGCGCACUUGGAUACAGAAGGCGCUGGCCUACUACUCGCGUUGCAACUUUGAUAACUUUGUGUAUCUGCUGGAGGCAGCCAUUGCCGGAUGCCUGCGGACUUAUGCCUUCUACAAGGAUGAUCUGGCCAAGGCCAAUAUCCUGCUGGCGGCCCAUUUCACCAGGCAGGCCUACAAAGAGGUGGGCAGUCGUAAGACCGCCUUGCAGGCCAAGGUCACAAAUAUCCUCCGUCUGUUGGAUGGGAUGAAACGAUCCGAGGACCGCCAACUGCUCGUGAUCACGGGCUAUGCCCUGAUGCUAACCCCAGGACGGGCCCACGAGGCCGAUGGAUACUUUGUUAACGCUCUCCGGCAUGUGCCCAGCAAUAUUCCGGGGCUAAUUGGACGCGCCUGUUUGGCCUACAAUCGCCAGGAUUAUAUUGCGGCUUUGGGAUUCUUCAAGAGCGUCCUGAUGCACCAGCCCCGCGGACCGGCAAACGUUCGUGUGGGCAUAGCCCAUUGCUUCCUGAAACUGGGUAACCUGGACAGCGCUCGACGCUCCUUCGAGCUGGCCUUGGAGCACAAUGGAAAGUGCCAGAACGCCCUGCUUGGGAUGGCCAUCCUGAAGCUCAAUAAGCGCGAGAAGGGACCAAUAAGGGAGGGCAUUAAUCUUUUGUGCGCUGCACAUGAGCUUAAUUCUCGCAACCCGAUGGUUCUCAACAUUCUCGCCUCUCACUAUUACUAUGUGAGGGACUACUACAAUACCCAGACUCUGGCGGGAAACUCGUAUGUGCUCACCGAUAUUCCCCUGCUUCAGUCGCAGAAUUGCUUUCAGAUAGCCAGGAGCUUCCAUGCCACCCAGCAGUACGAUCAGGCCAUGGAUUUCUACACGCUGGCCGUGAAAUUGGCCCCCGAGGGCUAUGUCCUGCCUCAGUUUGGCCUGGCCCAGAUGAACCUGAGGCGGGGUGAACUGGGUAAGGCCAAGGCCGGUCUGGAAAUCCUACUGAAGGUCAUGCCCAAUCAGAUUGAUGCCACGCGAUUGCUGGCCAAAAUAUAUCUGGCCGAGAAGAGGAUGGACGAUGUCAUCAAGCUGCUGCUCAAGGUGGUGGAAUCCCGCAAAACCUCCAGUAUCGGGGACUACGACAUCUGGCUUAGCCUGGCCCUGGCCUAUGAGCAGAAGCAGCGGUGGAAGCAAGCCAUCGAGGCCUAUCAGCAGGCCAUGCAGAUCUACGGCGGCCGCGGCGACCAAUAUCCCAUCGAGUGGCUCAACAAUGUGGCCAUCCUUCAGAAGAUGGCCCAAAUGCCUCAGCAGGCCAUCGAGUCCAUCGACGAAGCCUUGGCUCUGAGUGCGACCAAAUGUGGCGACAACAACGAGACAAAUAUGCUCACCCUGCGCUUCAAUCGUGGUCGCAUUCUCGAGGAUCUGCAUCGGUGCGAUUUGGCGGCGAUUGCCUACAAGGACCUUGUCGACGAGUAUCCCAACUACUUUGAUUGCUAUCUGCGCCUGGGGGUGAUGGCUCUGCGACAGAACGAUAAGAUUAUGGCCAUCGACUACUUCAAGGAUGUGCUGAAGCAUGACAAUGACAACCUGGCAGCCAGGACCUGUCUGGCCAACAUUUAUUUAACCCUGGGCCUCACCACCCAGGCCAUGCACUCCCUCAAUGUGAUCCUCAACCAACCCAUGCAAGACAAGGUGAAUUCGUACACCCUGGUGACGGUGGGAAAUGUGUGCCUGCGGAGCGUUCAACGAAGCUUAGCCACAGGCGAUAAUGAAUCAGCCAAGAGGCAUCAGCAGAAGGCUCUGCUUUUCUUUGCCAAGUCCCUUGAGCGAGCUCCCCGAAAUUUGUGGGCCGGCAAUGGCAUAGGUGCUGCCUUGAGCAUUCGUAAUCGCAGGUCCGCCGGCGAAGCGGUCUUUAAGCAAGUCGUUGAGGCCGGCAAAAUGUGCCACCCUUCGGCCAUCCUGAACUUGGCUCACAUGACCCUGGAAUUGGGCAAAUACCAGGAUGCAAUUGAGGUCUACAUGCAGUGCCUGGAGCAAAGUACCCUGUUCCAACCUUCGAUGGAAAUAAUGCUGGGACUUGCCAAAGCUCUGUAUCUCUCGGGGUAUGCCGCCGAAUCGAAAAUGUGGCUCCUCAAGGCGCGUCACCAGGCGCCCCACGAUCCCGUGGUGAUGUACAAUCUAGGGCUGGCCAUCCGGGAGGACACUGAGCAGAUGGUGGAACAUGCGCGUGGUAAAUUAUUGGAUCUUGUGAAGGCUGAAGUGGAGCUGGAAGUGGCUUACCGAUUUUUCGACCACCUUGCCGAGUAUGAAGAUCAAACUCAAGUGCCGCAAAGGGAGGCGGCCAAGCAGGCCAACAUCUGUCAAGAUUUGUUGGCCAAACUACCCAUCGAAUUGGAGCGUGUGCGGGAGCUAGAGGUCCUGGAUGGGGAACGCCUCCGCCUGAGGGAGGAGCUGCAAAGAGAGGAACAGGAACAACUCCAGAAGGAACGUUUAGAGCGGGAGCAGCAGAUGGCCAAGCGCCGGGAAGUCCUGGAUCGCACAAAGAAACUAUUAAAGGCACCAAGAGAGCCCGGACAUAAGAUGGAGAAAGUGGCCAAGAAACAGGAUGAAGAGCAGAACGAAGGCGAAGAACGGAAGGGUAAAAAGAGAAAGCGUUCUCUAGCAAAGGGGGAUAAAUUGGGGAAGAAAAAGAAAACAAAAGAAGAUACUCCAAAGAAACCCGAUAGAUACAAGAGCAAAGAGUUCAUAGACUCUGAUGAAAAUGAAUCGGAGGGGUCAGAUGAUGAUUCGCCCAUCCGAAACAAAAAUACGUCACACAAGGAUUCCAAAAAGACAAAAAAUAAGACACAAAAGUCUAUAGACCCUUUCAAUAAUACUAGCGAUGAAGAGGGAGAUCAAGCGAUGGAGUCAUCGGAUGUGGAUUCUGAUUCCGAGCCGCUCCAGACUACUAAUACCUUCGAGAACUCUCAAGACAACUCCAUUGAAGAAGAUGGCAUGUCGCCCGAAACGACCAUUAAGUAUAUGCAGGAGCUACAACGAAGGAUGCAGACAUCAACUAGAUAAUUAUAAAUAGGAAAAAGAAUGACAAAAGGAUUACUGAAGAUAUGAAGUUACUAUGGAAAAUGUUUAUGUUAAAAUGUAUUCAUUAUAUUGGAA